CCUGGGCCCCGGCGGGCGGCGCUCCGGCGUCGAGAAGGCGGACACGGCAGGGUGUUCGCUAGUGGGAACAUCCUUUGGGCAGCCCAAUGCCUGGCACGCCGGCCAUGCCGCAGCCGACGGCAGGCUAUCUUGAGAGGAAGCGUGCCGCGGCGCCACGCAUUGCCGCUUUGGACUCGGGAGCUCCGGUAGACGUGCUCCAGAUGGCUAGCGAACCGCACACGCCUGUGCUCUAUAACUUUGUCCCGGCGCCGUGCGGCUGGACAAGCGUAUGCGUCGACGGCCUCACCCUGCUCAACCUGGUCUGGACCACCAGAGUGCAAGUCCUAUCGCAUGCGGCGGACGGAGGGCCGGCAACCAUCUCCUAUGGCACGCCGGUCCACGGCGUCGAUUACCCGAGCACGGUCAGGGUGGAUCCUCGCUCUGUGACGGCCAACUCAAAACUGGGCGACGGCGCGGGAACCAACUUUGAGCUCGACGACGACUUGGUGCUGCGGAUGACGUACGAGCGGUUCGGGACGGAGCUGCAGUUUGUCCUGGCCGGGCCGAACUCGGUGAGCAUCGCCGAAGCGCAGACUCUAUCCACGUGCAGUGGCUGCGUGAGUGGCGCCGUCGCAGCCAUGCAGACGUGCUGCGUGCCGUGCGUGCGGCUGGCGCGCGCAGCCAACUGCUACAUGUGAUGAGACCGCUCGAGUCGCAGGACCUUGGAGAGCCAUGUGACACGUGUGAUGAUUCCUGACCAGAGUUGCCCCAACUCUCGUCACAGAGAUAAUGCGUGUCUCUGUGUGGCGUCUGGCGAUGCCUUUCCCUGAGAACGCACACAACGCCUCGUGUGUAAUGCCCCGUGUGUUCCGCGAGUGCGUGUGCCGCGUCGUCCGUGCUAAGACUGACUGAUUAAAUACAGACUUAAAUCUCUCAUAUGGUGGUCUUGCCGAUAUGUCAUGUCCGCAAACCGUUUUGCUGUUUGAGAGACACGGGCAUGAGCGCGUUUCUCUCCGCCGGCUUGUCGGAUGCGGCAACCGGCGCCGUUAAACUCACUGACGAUGGAGACGCACGGCUGCACACAGCCGCACACAGCCGCGCGUGCUGCGGAUGCUGCUGUGCGGCCGGCAACAAAGCUGUAGGACACCAACCAGAGACUGCGACCCGGCAUUGCUUUCAGUCCCAUCCCAUCCAAUACUUGGCCUCGGCGAGCAAUCGAUUCAGAAUCUGCUUCGUGUUUGCGAUUAAGACGAAGAUGAAGAUCAGCUUCAGCGCUCUCUUCCCGUUGAAAGGCUCCACUUCGAACCCCUCGCCGAUGCGAACACCGCUUCCCUCGUCAUCGCUCGAUUGUGUGUCUGCAUCUUUGGGCGCCUGCCCUUUCUUCUUGCGCGAAGCGGGCGGCAUCUGCCAGGUGAGAGUCCUUG